GCGUUAGUGGGCGGGGCUGCCCCCUCCCUCCCCUACGCAAGAUGUCCGCCCGUUGACGGUCGCGUCACAUCGGGGCCGCGCACCGCUGUCCACAAGCCCUGGGAGUUGGGGAAGUGAAAGCGGCCUGCAUCUGCCCGGGGGCUACGGCGCGGACAGAGCAAGCAGAGGCCGAGAGUGUGGAGUCGGGGGGGGCUCGGGAAGGGAGAGACGAGACAGGCGUCUGCGUUCGGCGAUGAGCGGCGGAGAUCGUCGAGACGACGCCAAGGAUCAGCCGCCCCACAAGUGCCGCACGAAGGACUCCUGGUGGAAGGGAAUGGACAAAUUCCCGGGACACGGACAAAGAGAACCCAAUUCCUCAAGCGGAGAAUCAAUGAGAGCAACGAUGUCGAGAAGACAAACUGCCAGCGAUUCCACUGGGAAAGGAAUUGGCUAUCCGUGGUCCGAGGAGCAAAAAGAUCUCCAACAAACAGACACCAGCAAGCGUAAUCUAAACAGCACACCUUCAUCAAUGCUAUCGGAAACGUCCUCACCAAAAGAAGAUGUCAAGAAAAGUUCUGACAAACCACCUACUUCAAACAAAACACCUUCCUCUUACAAGCAGACGACGAUGUUAGAUUUUUGUACCAAUGAAGGGAAGGCAAAAGAAGAUAAAAAAAUCAAUGCGAAGAGCCAGGUACAGGUUGAAGCCAAGCCUGGAUCAUGCAAUCCUGGGGGCAUUAGUGGAAUGAUGGACAAAACACCAGUUAAAAUGCUGAGGUCAGAGGGGUUGGACUCCGAGAACACGACCAGCCCGGUCGUCAAGGGACAGAAGGAACAACAAAUGGAGGUGAACCAAGCGGGCAGCGACUGUGAAACGAAGAAACAACCAGUGCCAAAUAAUGAGGAUAACGCCAACGGGCUCCAGAACAACGUCACCAUAGAUCCAUGCCUUUCAGAGUCGAGAGAGAACUCCAACGACAAUGUUUCACCAACAGAGAUGGGAAUUACUACUUUGAAGAAGCAUUUAACAAACCCAUUCUCAGUGCGUCCGAAGAUGCCGGACCAUGCAGGGACUCCCAAUGCCAAAUCACAGGUACAGAGGAAGGAUGCAAACAGCGACGGUUGCAGCCCUGCGUCGAGUGAGACCAAGGGUUGUGACCGAGGCCAGUCGGGGGCCGACACCAGUGGCCCCACACAGGGGACAGACACAGGAGGUUACCGUUCGGACAAGUUGAACCCAGCGGAGCAGGCGAGCACCUCGAAUGUCAAGGGAGGGAUGGGUUCACCAUCGAGCACCAGCUAUGGAACGGGGCAGAAAUCCUCUGAGGCAGAAGCUGCGAAAUGGGGGAAUGUUUUUGACCAAGACUCCAUGGAUCAAUCACCACCCAAGAAGCACAGCGUGACUUCGCCUACGAACUCCAGUGGUGGAAACAGCUCGCACUUCAACAACAAUCUGGCUCCAGGUGCGAGCAUCAGAGCACAUGGGAUAUACCUGCCCAAGCUCCAACCAAGUCACACCCACAAAGUCACAGUCAUGCUUGACCAGCUGAAAGAUGGAGAGAAACCUCGUCCUUUCCCACUUCACUUUAAGGGCAAGUGGGAUGGUGAUCACGUGCGGAUGCCCUUCUCUGACCAGUCGGUGCACCAGGCACAGAACAUGAAAGAUUCUUUCCUUCGGUGGGAAGAGAUUGAAAGAUCGCUCCUCAGGGACUUCAAAAGCUCCCACGACAUCGAGAAGGCAAUUAAGCUCUACAACCCAAAGUACGCCAACCAAUGGAACUUUGACUGCCUUCAUACGUUCUUUAAAAAGGAAAGGAUGGCAGCUGAGCUGCUGCAUGCGGUCGUUCCUAAGAUGGCACACCUGGCCCUGGCACUGCCGAAUCUCUGCACCAUGCCCCUGCCGCUGCUCCGCCGGGACACCGGCUUCAUGCUGACGAUGUCUCAGGAGCAGGCCGCCUGCCUCCUGGCCAACGCCUUCUUCUGCACGUUCCCCCGGCGCAACGCCACCGGGCCCCGGAGCGAGUACUCGGCCUUCCCCGACAUCAACUUCAACAGGCUCUUUGAAGGGAAAUCGGACCGCAAGUUGGAGAAGCUAUCGGCCAUCUUCCACUACUUCCGCCAGGUCUGCACCAAGAUGCCGACAGGAUUGCUGACGUUCCACAGAAAAAAACUUGAAACAAAAGUUGAGUGGGAAAGAUCCAGAAAACUGCUCACCAACCUGAAGGUGCAGAGUACAGGCACCAUUGAGACUGAAGGCAAGGGCAUGCUACAGGUGGACUUUGCCAAUAAGUACGUGGGUGGCGGGGUGCUGGGCAACGGCCUGGUGCAGGAGGAGAUCCGCUUUAUCAUCAACCCCGAGCUCAUCGUCAGCAGACUCUUCACGGAGGUGCUGGGCCCUAGCGAGUGCCUCAUCGUCACAGGAACGGAGCGCUUCAGUAAUUACACGGGAUAUGGAGAUACCUUCAGGUGUAACGGGCCACAUGUGGACGACACGCCGCGCGACUCAUGGAUGCGCCGGCAAACGGAGAUUGUCGCCAUUGACGCCAUCCAUUUCUACGGCUACGUCGAGCAGUUUGAGCAGCAAAAGCUGGAGCGGGAAGUCAACAAGGCCUUCUGUGGAUUCAGCUGCCCCGAUGCCGCUGGUUCCCUCCCUCCCGUGGCCACUGGAAAUUGGGGCUGCGGCGCUUUCGGAGGUGACAAGCGGCUGAAAGCACUGCUGCAGAUGCUGGCAGCGUCGGAGGCCGGGCGAGACAUCGCCUACUUCACAUUUGGGGACCGCAAUCUCGAGGACGAUUUCCGCAACAUCCACGGCUUCCUCCAAAACCAGGACCGCACCGUCGGUGAAGUGUUCAAGAUGUUGGUGCAAUUCCGCACAAUUCUGCUGGAACACUCUCCCCACAGGGAUAAACCUCAGCUGUACGAGUGGCUCAUGCAUAAGCUGCAGAAGUAGGAGGAGGCAUUCAUCAUAGCUUUCCUGUCCACCGACCUGCCCAUCCAGUCUCCGUCGCCAAAACUGCACAUCCCAUGUCUCAGAAGGAGAGUUUUCCAACGAAUUCAUCGCAAGUACUCUGAGCCUCAAGAAAUCAAGUCUCAAGAACUGAUCUUUCGGUCUUAAAAAACGAUGUACUGGGGUUUGGGUGGCUCAGGGUGCUAAUGCCAGCGUUAAAGCUUUAACAACCUGAUUUGAAAUAUGUGUAUUUCAACCACCACUUGUGGAUGGAUUCUGCCCAGUCACAAAUAUUAAUCACAUUACAUUGCACAUCUUCAUAUAAUUUGCAAUAUUUCUGCUCCGAGGACGAACAUAUUAGAUUAUUAAAAUGUGACUAACACUAUUUAAAAGGCAUGAACGAGCACUUUUGUGUUAAAAGGUUCGCUGAAGUGACUCCAAGAAGCGUUCUGUGGGGUUAUCUCCUGUGACAUUUCCCGUAUGGAUGUAUGUAUGUUGAACUUAUUUUCCACCGCACGUAGCCAAUGGUGCUAAUUGGAGGUGCGGGGUAAGGAUAACAAACUAAACACAAAAAACAGUUCUAAAAAAAUUAGUUUUCAAUCGAGAUUUUUGUGCGCUUCUGACUGAGAGCAUUCUAGAAUUAAAUGUAUCCAUCUUGUGAUGCAAUGCAACUAUCAUUUGUGAUAUAAAUUCGGAACAUCUUUAUUCAUACAAUGAAUAUAUAUGUAAUUGCAUAUAUAGCUAAGAGUAUAAAUGUAUAUAGUACUCUUUUCUAAAAAAAACAUUUCUCGUUAACUCACACUUCCUCUUAAUGUUUAUAAAAUACCUCAUCUUUAUGAAGACAACCGGAAUUCUCGUGUCAUAACUUGGGCCUGAGUACAGAAUGACGUACAAAGUUCUAUAAAUUGUGUAAGCCGACUUUUCGUAACUAACUCCCGCGAGGGAAGUUCAGACAUUUAAGCAUCGUAAAGAUAGGAUAAAAGUUCAGUGAUUGGGACCCACUCGUAAGUCGCUGAGCAAUGUCUGCAAAAAAACAACGGUAAUGAAUGACUUAACAUUUUGGUGACAACAUUUAUAUUAUUAACAUUAAUACCAUGAAUAUUAAAGUGGAUAAUGGAUCGUCAAUAUUAAAAACAAACAUAUACACCUCAGCCAUAGAUUGGCUGAAGUGCACAGAGGAAUGACGUCUUGCCAGCCAUGUUACAUGAGUGACGUCAUGGUGGCGAUGUUGCAUGGGGGUUGUCUUCCUGGCAGGUAAUUGGCUGGUGUAGUCGGAGUGGUGAUCCGUCGAAACCACUGACGCGGCCAUAAGGUUGCAAUCUCAUUACAGCACCCAUAUUUCCUUUGAAUGUUUAUAGAGUUUAUCUUACGUUGUUUCAUAGCCUACUACAAUCGCAGCCUGAUGGGACGUUUUCAAUACUCAGGUCCCUGAUUUUUGGCUCUUCUAAAGUAUUCCCAAACUUUUUAGAAAGUCUGGCAAUUUGACUCUUUAGGAUUGGCCUGUAAUAUUUUGACUCAUACUGAAGCCUACAUCUAUUGUCUCUUUAAUUAUUAUUAUUCAACAUUUAGUCAUAUUUUGAGACUAGUUCCUGAAGUCUCAAAAUGUACUACUUGGGGUUCGAGAUAGGGCCUUGAGCAUGAGGAGCAAGGACUACCAUCAGCCUGGCUGAGUGAUUGAAGUACUUCACAUUGAGGCCCAUUAACCUUCGCGUGACCUCACUUUGCACGAAUAAUAAUUAAAUAUUCAGCGUUCCUGCUGGAGACUCACCGUCUCUGUGCUAUAACUUGCAUAGCUGCCACCAUGAAUAUCAAACCAUAGAAUCACUUCUCCUCUGUCGAACAAUACUCAUCAAUGUGCUUCUGAGGUGUAUCCACAUCGUCAAACUGAAGUGACAAAGAGAUUCAAUUGCAGACACUGCUUGCUGCUGAUUUUUGCCAGUAUAGUGAAUUCCAUGGUUGACAAUUACAACAGGAGGCACAGAGCCAGAUAUUUACAAAAAUUACCAUACGCUGUUUAUGUCGUUAGCAGGUUGUUGUGAUACAUAGCAUUGUAUGUCAUCAUGGUGUCUAACAUGCCUUAAUUGAUCUUGUCAUUCUGUUGAUAACAAAAGCCAUAAGAUCUACAAAGGAUUGUGGAAAUUCCAUCC